ACGUGGUGCGGAUGUCCUUCGCUCUUCUCUCUGCAGGCUAAACAUGGCUGCGCUCUUAAGAUCAGCCCGGUUCCUCAAAUAUUCAUCGGCUUCAUUGCUUCAAGGCAUAGGAAACAGCAGACAUGCACCGGUAGCUGGUCGUCUUUACAGCGGAGCGGUCGGAACUCCACAUAUAGGGUUUUGUGUGCGUCAGACAGUCCCGGGAAGGUUAAAUGUUAACAGAUUGGCCUUGCCCUGUGUGAGUUGUCGUCAGUAUGGGGUUGUCCCGGAGCAGAGGGGCCUGGUGAAGGAUGAGCCUAGUGUGGCAGUUCGCUCCAAGCAGGCUCAGCAGUUUGACUGGGCUCUGGCGAAACUAGACAGCUCAGUCCGAAGGACGGGCAGGGUCACCAAAACACUGCUGCUUCGCAUCUUCCAUGAUAUGUGCAGAACAGGAUAUCCAAGUGGAAAUCAAGCCCUGUUGUUACUGAGAAGCUGUGGCUCACUGCUUCCUGAGGUUCCCCUGACUGAGCGCACAGAGCUGGCACAACGGAUCUGGGAUAAGCUUCAAGAACUUGGCGCCACUUAUGAUGUGAGCCAUUACAAUGCACUGCUCAAGACGUACCUGCAGAAUGAGUUCAAAUUUUCUCCAACCGACUUCCUUGCUAAAAUGGAAGCUGCUAAUGUUCAGCCAAACAGAGUGACCUAUCAGAGACUCAUUGCAGCAUACUGUGAGGAUGGUGACAUUGAAGGUGCUAGUACAAUCCUGGGCUUUAUGAAGAGCAAAGACCUGCCCAUCACAGAGGCUGUGUUCAACUCCCUAGUGACAGGCCAUGCCCGGGCAGGGGACAUGGACAGUGCUGAAGGCAUCCUAUCAGUGAUGAAAGGGGCGGGGAUUGAGCCUGGCCCAGACACGUACCUGUCUCUCCUCAAUGUGUAUGCUGAGAAAGGCGAUAUUGCCAAAAUUAAACAGACUCUAGAGACGAUGGAGAAUACAGAUAUCCAUCUGAUGGACAGAGAUUUGAUGCAGGUGGUUUUCAGUCUGACUAAGGCCGGCCAUCAGCAGUAUGUGCCCGAGAUUGUGGAGCGCAUGCGUCACGAGAGGGGAUAUGUGCCAGACGCUAUGAACCUCUGCUUGAGUCUGAUUACCCACGGACAUGAAGAGACAGCGUUUUCUGUGCUGAAGAGCUUCACUGGCCUCUUGGUAGAGUCACAGACCAGUGACUCCCCAGACUUGGGAAACUUCUUUCUUCGCCACUGUGUCAAUAUGGACAAGUCUGUGGAGAAAGUGGCUGGGUUUUGCAAAGAUCUUAAAGAUUCAGGUCUGCACUCGUCGCCACUGCAGUUCACCCUUCAGUGUGCCCUGGAAGCCAAGAAGACAAGUAUGGCUGUUGAGCUCAUGAGGAGGAUGAAGGAGGAGGGCUUGCCUCUCAGACCUCACUACUUCUGGCCACUGUUUACUCACCACCAGAAAGACAAGAACAUUCCUGGUAUUAUGGAAGCUCUGAGAGGCAUGCAAGAUCUAGACGUCCCAGCAGAUGUUGAUACUUUUAGUAACUAUAUCCUGCCGUCUUUCCCAUCAGUGAACAGUGCCCGCACUUCUUUUAAGGAGGCCGGUAUUGACAUGGACACAGAUAGCAUGAUUGCGGCAGAAUUACGAACCGAAGCAGCACAUGGAAACUUCGCAGGGCUGCUCUCUCUGAUGUCUUCACCUGCUCUGCCAGCCAUUGACCUCAGUGCUUUCAGAUCCAGUCUGAUCUCUGGAUUCAGAGGGUUUCAUGAUGUGGAGAUCAUGGCAAAGAUCACAGAGCUUCUCUAUAAAGAUGCCCGGUUCAAUCAUGCUGACCCUGAAACUUCUGAAAAUGUGGCCUACUUCCUUUACAACCUGAUUGAUUCAAUGAACGAGGGGGAGGUGCAAUCCAAAGAAGAAAAGCUUAGGGAGUACUUCAGCCUGCUCAAGAACAUGAAUAUCAACAUCUCACUGAAUAUCUUCAGAGGAAUCAGGAAUAUUUUGGAGUCCUACCAUGUUCCAGAGCUUGUCAAGGAUGUCCUUGCUCUUGUGGAUAAAAACGAAAAUGGAUUGGCGACUGAUGUGCCACUGCUUAGAGGUUUGGAGGGGAGAUAUUCGUUCUUGGAGAAGACCCUGGCAGAGCUGAAAGCUGAGGGCAAGCCCGCCAGUUCCACCCUCAAAAAAAUGAUAGCUAUCCUGUGUACAGAGGAGAAACUGGAUCAAGCUCUGGAGCUUAAAUAUGAGUAUGAAGCGGAUAUGACUCCUGCCGCAUAUGCCAUGCUCAUCAACCUGUGCUGUCGCCAUGACAAUGCUGAGGAAGCCCUCAAACUAAAGAGGGAAUUAGCUCGCAAGGACUCAGAGGUAGCGCUGGAUGCUCAGAAGUAUGUGGCCUUGGUCCGAGUGCUAUCCAAACAUGGCAAGCUGGAAGAGGCGAUAGACAUGCUGAAGGAGAUGAAGGAAAAAGAUGUGUCAUUAAGGGACAGCACGAUCAGUUUGCUCACCCUCACAAUGAACGCAGCUGCAAUGAAAGGAGAAGCCGACGCUAUUCGACGUCUCCAGGAGACCAUCUUCACCUUGGGCCUGGCCAAACCAUCCAAUAACCUCUGCUCACCCCUCAUUACUUGCUAUCUGGAGAGUGGGAACUAUGCGGGUGCCUUCGAUGCCGUUGUGGAGUGUCAUAAACAAUACAACCAGAUGCCCAAAAUCCAUGACCUCAUCUGCAGCCUGGUGGAAAAAGGAGAUGCUGUACUAUUACAGAAAGUCAUGGAGUUUUUGAGUCAGGAGCGGGGUGAGAUGAUGAUGCUCUACGACCUUUACUUUGCGUUCCUGCAAACGGGCCGCUACAAGGAGGCACGCAAAAUCAUCGAGACUCCUGGUCUAAGGGCACGAGGGACCCGUCUGCAGUGGUUUGCAGAAAAAUGUAUCACAGCCCAACAGAUGGAGCCCCUUGAGAACAUGGUGGACAUGACAGUCAAGUUGUUUGAGUGUGACAGAGAUGACAUGUACCACUAUUUGCUCCGCCUCUGCAAGGAGACCAAUGACUGGCGUAAGGCUGAGGCUACCUGGAUGAAAAUGCAAGAGGAGAAUUUGGCUCCAAGAGAAAGAACACUGCGUUUGCUUGCUGAUAUCCUCAAAAACAAUAACCAGGAGGUGCCCUUUGAGGUGCCUGAGGUGUGGUUUGAGGAGGUCAAAGGUCAUCCUGAGACGUUCUUAGAGGAAGAAUCUAGACUCACCGAUUCUCCUCGUAAAAGGGUCACUGCAUCACCCUCUAAAGAGGCCACUGUUGAGGACUACAAACUCAAACUCCUGUCUCUUUGCAAGAGGGGCAAAGCUCAAGAGGCCUAUGCCAUGCUGAAGGAAGCAGAUAGCAGGAACAUGGUGCUCGGCCCUGCUGCAUAUGAUACCCUCAUCAAAGCCCUCCUGGCCAAAGGUGACAUAGAGGAUGCCAUAGCUGUCAAGAACAUUGCCGCUGAUCAUAUUCCUAGGUUCAGUUUAAGUGACACUGCCAACAACCUACUCAUCAUCUCUCAAGUGAAGAGAUGCCAGAUGAAAGAUGCCAUGGAGAUUUUUAAGGGCAUGUUACAGGAUGACCAGGUGCCCAGUCAGUUGGCCAUCACUCGACUGGUUCAGGGUCUCGCUAGUGAGGGAAACACACAGGACAUCCAGGGAGUGGAGGCCUUGGUGAAGACUUUAGGCUCUGUCAAGCUGUCCAGCAUGUUGUUUGUCAACAAUACUGCUCUCGCUCAUAUUAAAAAUGGGGACAUUGACAGUGCAGUGGAGCUGUUGGAGUCCGUUUACACACAGAACACAGAGAAUCAGAACACCAGUAUUUCUUUUGUCUUCCGCAAAGUUCUAGAUGCCAACAAUGAUGCUGCACUAGAUAAAUUGAGUGCCAUGGCAGAAAGGCUUUGCAAUCACUUUGCCUCCUACAGAGCCGCUACAGACCUCUUCCUGAUUUACUUGGACACGGGCAGGACAGAAGAGGCCAAGUUCCUCCUGCAGCGCUGUGCGGCUGUCAACGAGCAGAAGGACGUAAUGUUCACAUACAUGCUACGAGCGGCUCAGCAGCCAGGGACAGGUAAACAAACCCAGUUUGCUGAUAAAAUCAAGACUCUGACUGAGCUGAUUCCUGACUUCACAGAGAAGGAGAAUAUCUAUUCACACCUGAUUAAAUGCUACAGUUUGGAUAAGGACUUCAGCUCAGCGAAGGCUCUGUAUGAGCGCAUGCAGGCUGAGGGGGUGACGGCUGAUGAGUUAACUCUCAAAAGACUGGCGCUACUAUACAGGGAAGCUGGAGAAACUCUUCCCUUCCAAGAGCCCCCGGAGUCGUUUCGUUUCUACGCAGACAAACUGAAGAAGCAGCGCUUAGAAACUGUAGGGCCUGCCGACGACUAAAACACCUUCCCUUAUUUCAUCACUUUCUUUUCUUUUUUUUAUGAACAACAGAUGUGCACAGCUUUUGUUAUACUGUGAUUGUUUGUUUUUGCCCUUCAUUAUGAUGUCAUGAUAUAGUUAAUGUGUACAUAAAUAUUUAUGCAAAUAAAUGUAAACCUGAAACUUUAGUGGUUCUUUCAUUAGUUUUUUUUUUUAAUCUUUUCUUUUGUUUGUUCUUCAGAGAGUCACAUAAUGAGCUGUUUUCAACUAAUGCAAGUAUUGACUUCGAAAAAUGGAAAUGUUUUGUGAUUUGUGAAAUGCUCAGAAAAUGUCUUUAGCAGUUCAUUAUCCAUAUGCUUAGUUGUGUAGAAAUAAUAUACAGAGCUGUACAGUAUAAUAAACAUCUCAUUUGAACACUCA